CCUCCUUGUUGUCUUGAGACGUUCUCCGUUCCGCGUCAGGCCGAGUGAAGGUGUUCAUGUCGAUGAAACGCAGUGGACAGCCACUUAUUGCUCUGUGAGGAGGUUCCAGCCUGCGACGAGUGAUCAUUCUGCUGAUUCUCAUCGUUGAGAGGCUAUCGAGUGCACCAGCGCAUCAGUCGAGGCUGGCUUGGUGAGGCCCCCAUUCGGCUUUAUCGUUCAAGGGACUUCUGGGGCAGCAGCUGUGGUUGUGUGACCAGAGGGUGUGAUGUUUCCGGAGUGGGCGAAGCAAUGGGGGUGUUUGCAGUCGGUUCAGGCGCUGCUCAAGGCCGCCAACUAUCCCUUUGGCCUCGGCAGGCAGGGGUCCAUCCACGAGCAUGGCGAGAAGUUCCGAGCGAUGGUGCUCAAGGAGCAGUACAUCAAGAAGGGCCCUUACUGCUCCAACUUUAUCAAGACGUCCAAGUAUGAAUGGUGGAAUUUUGUGCCAAGUAAGCCAAUGGGUCGAUGAAUGGGUGGCUGAGUGUGUGUGCGUGUUUGUGGGUGUCUUGUGGGACACCUGCAUGCAUGUGCACGGGGCGGCGUGAUGCGCAUCUGCCGACGGACGGGCUGCUUGUGUGUGUCUGUUUGCAGAGUCUUUGUUUCAUUUGUUUCGGCAAAUUGCCAACUUUUACUUCUUGAUCAUUGCCAUCCUCCAAACAAGUGGGCAGAUCACACAUACCCACCUCCCAAUCACAGUGCUUCUUCCAUCUCUCUCUCCCUGUCUGUCUGUCUGUCUGUGUGUGUCUGUGUGUCUUGUGUGUUCAGUCCCCGACAUCUCUCCCCUGCAGCCCUUUUCUGCGUGGGUCCCCCUGUUGUUCGUGCUGUCGGUGUCGAUGAUCCGAGAGGGGUCAGAAGACAUCGUAAGCAAAGCCCAAACGGACAGAAACCCACACAAACCGCCCAUCUGCCUUUGCAUGAGUGUGUCUGUGGUCUAUGUGUGUCAGCGGCGUCACCGGUCUGACAGGCGGACCAAUUCGCAGAAGACCAGGGUGCUCAGGGACCAGACAUGGGUCGAGACCAGAUGGUACGUACGUAUGCACGUGCUGCGGAUGGAUGGACUGACUGACUGACUCAUUGAUUGAUGCUUCGUUAUCAUUUGCUGGUCGCAGGCUUGAUGUUCAAGUGGGGGAUAUCAUCCAGGUCCUCGGGAGAGAGGUGCGCAGCGUUAUGAGUACAUAGCCACUUAUCGGAGUGUUGCGCACGCUCACAUCUCUAUCUUUCUGUCUCUCCGGUGAUGAUGGAUCAGUCUGUGCCGGCGGAUUUGAUCCUGCUGCAGUCGUCGACGUCCGACGGCAAGUGCUUCAUACAGACAGCUUCGCUCGACGGGUGUGUGACUCUUACAUACCUCCCGCGAGCAGAGAGAGAAAUCGGAUUGUUGGUCUGUUGUUUGUUUGUGUGUCCUUCUGUGUGUGUCACUGUCUGGUCUGCAGUGAGACGAACCUGAAGCCCCGGUCCGUGCUGCCUCAGGCGGUAGACAUGAACAACAAUCAGCUUGUCGGUACGCAAAGCAACCAACCACCAAACACAUACAAAGUGUGUCGACUGACUGAUUCGUUGACUGAUCGACCGACUGUUCAGGUCUCCGCUUUGAGACGGAAGAGCCCCGAGGCUCUCUGGAGGACUUCGACGCGCGGCUGUACCUGCCCACGGCAUCGUCGCCCGAGGAGAGGUACCCCGUCACCAUCGAAAACUUCCUCCCCAGAGUGAGCAUACACAGCAGCAGAAAACCAUUCGCACGCAUCGCAUCCACUUGUGUCUGUGUCCAUCAUGGGUAUGUAUGUGUUUAGGAGUCUUACCUUCGCCACGUCGACUGGAUAUUGGGAGCAGUCGUCUUCACCGGUGGGUCCGCACAACCACACACACACGAGACAGACAGACAGACAGACAGGCAACCAACACACUCACUUUGCCAUCUUGAUGCCUGUCUGUCUGUGUCGGUGCAGGUCACGACACGCGCGUGAUGAAGGGCCAGGCUCCUCCGCCGCAGAAGCUGUCUGCGAUGGACAGGAUGGUCAACAGGCUGGUCCUCAGCAUGAUGAUGUUCCAGGCAUGCGUGUGCGCCACUCUGGCAUUCCUCAACUUCGCUUGGCACGUAAGCAACUCCCGGACCUGCCUUCAUGCGUGCCGGUCCCUUGUGUGUGUCGCUCACUCACACACACCCGUGUUGUGUUGUGUUUUGUUGUGUUGUGUGCAGGAGCGGAAUCGGGAUGGUUGGUAUUUGGACGACGGCCUUUUUGAGUUUAAGCUAGAGGGUAUGGAUGUAUGGAUCCGAUCCGCACUUGGGACGAGUGGUGGUUGUCAUAUGUUGGUUUGGUUCUUUUCCUGCUCGUUGGUUGACAUGGUGCAGAUUACGCGACGCUGACGUUUUGGUCCUAUGUGCUGCUGAUGAACACCAUGAUCCCCAUUUCGCUCCUGGUGUCCAUCGAAAUGGUCAAAUUCGUCCAGGCGCUCUUCAUCGGUCGGUUCGGUCGAUGCGCACACAAACAUGCACACACCAGGCACACAUAGGGACCGAAGCAUAUUAUGUUCCUUCCGGCUGCAUGAAUCGAAUCAGGGUGGGACAUCCAGAUGAUGUACAUCGAGACGGACAGAUCAGGAGGAGCCACAAAGCGGGUGGGCCACCACACACACCAGGCACACGAACUUGUGUGCGACCAUGUGUGUGCCCCGCUGUCUACAGUGGGCUUCCUGGUCGACAUCCACACUCAACGAGGAGCUGGGUCAGGUGCGGUACGUCUUCUCCGACAAGACCGGCACACUCACCACCAACAUGAUGGAAUUCAGAGCUUGCACCGUCGGCAAAAGGAGGUACACACCCACACAUCCAUGGAACCAUCCACAGCACACACAAGCACCCAUUCACGCGUGUGUGUAGAUAUGGUAUGGGUGGAGAGGAGAGCACCUUCACGCCGAUGCCGCGGACGUACAGCGACGACCAGCGGCGGGCGUCACGCCUCAUGGACAUCGCACUCGGCUUCGACGACUCGUGGCUCAUCAACGGUACACACACAUAUACAUAUACACUCACCUUGGUAACGAUCCACAUCAACACACAUCAUGCAUGGCUCGUUGGUUGUGUGUCAGACCUGACGACUGAGCGUGCUUUGGACGAGCGGAUGGACCUGGGCAACGGUAUGGUGUUGACGCACCACAGCCAGGUGGUGGAGCACUUCCUCCUCUGCAUGGCCCUCUGCCAAGACGUCACACCUGAGGGCGACCAGGGCUUCCUCAUCUACUCGGUGGGUGGGAAUUGGACACAUGCCCCCCACACAGAAAAACAGAUGGGUGUACAAGUGUGUGUCUGUGUUUGUGGUUGUCCAGGGUUUGUCCCCUGAUGAGGUGUGCCUGGUCGAUGCAGCGAGACAAAUGGGCUACACAUUCUGGAGUGAGUAGCAAUCACAUAUCAGACACACACACACACAUUCUACAUCUGUGCUUCGUGUGUGUGUUGCAGGGCGGACAGACGAGCACCUAACGCUACAGAUCCGGCACGGCUCCAAAACCAAGGAGUUCGACCUGCUGCGGCUGAUCAAGUUCUCCAACUCCAGGAAACGAUCCUCCGUCAUCGUCAGGGACCCAGACACACAAAUCAUUACGCUCUACAGCAAAGGUGAGUAUACACACAAGUCCAUCCAUCCAUCCAUCCAUGUAUAUGUACGUGUUGAUGCCUACAGGUGCGGAUGACGUGAUGCUGCCGCAGUGCCCGGCCCAUUUGUCCCACUUUGUGCCGCGCAUCGAGGCUGCGGUGGACACCUACUCCAAGCUGGGCCUCCGCACUCUCUGCCUCGGGUGCAAAACCAUCGAAGUAAGACACACUGACACACACACGACCCCUUCACGUGAUAAACACACAGGUGGAGAAAGCAAUGCAUCCACCUGCGUGUAUGUGUCUGUGUGAACAGCCCAGCUAUUGGGAGGAGUGGAGGAGAAAGGCUCAAGGUGGGUGAGAGUUGGUUGAUCCAUGCCACACUGCUCAUACUCGCGUGCGUGUGUGUUGGUCAGUUGCCGGGACGAUUUUGGAGCCGAAGGAGAAGGACCGGCAGCUCAACGACGUAUGCACUGCACAGACGCAAACACACGCACACACAUAUCCAGAUGGACUCCCGUGUAAUGUAAAUGCGCAUCUCUUUCUCUCUGUGUGUGUGUUGAUCUGACCCAUCGCACCGAUCAGUUGUACAGUGAGAUCGAGUUGGGUUGCAUGUUGCUGUCGGCCACGGGCACUGAGGACAAGAUCCAAAACGGCGUUCCCGAGUGCAUCGAGCGACUCAGGAUGGCUAACAUAUCCGUCUGGAUGAUCACCGGUCCGGUAGUGCCAACACAUGAUCCGCCAGCACAGCACGGCAACACACACACACGUACACGCGUCGCUUGCCGUUGUCUGUUCCCUUUUUGCUGUGCAGGUGACAAGCUCGACACAGCAGUGGAGAUCGCCAAGUCGUGUCGGCUGCUGGACAUGCAGGAGAUGCGCGUCGACAUCGUCGACGCGCCGAACAAACACCAAACCAAGUGAGGGACCACACCGCCACCAACCAACCAACCACCACACGGCACGGACAAGCAUUAAUUAUACCGCAAUAUCGUCAUGUCUGUCUGUUUGCAGGGCGAUACUGAUGCCAUUGCGCCCAGCUGAUGACGGCAAGUACGCCAUAGUGAUCAGCGGUCGGUCGCUGGAGCAGGUGUUCCGGGACCCUGAAAUGACCGAACACUUCUUCCACCACACUGUCUCGUAAGCAAAGCAGCCAAACACACACCAUGCCAUGCACACAUGUACUUCUUUCUUGCCGUUGCAUUCAGUUGUGCGGCCGCUGUGGUUUGUCGCGCAACGAAGUCGCAGAAGGCCGAGGUCGUGCACCUCAUCAAAGUAAGCAGGGAGGCAUGGAGGGAUGGAGGGAUGGAAGCAGACGGACAUCGAAUGCGCGUAUGGUGCGUUGCGUUGCGUGUGUGUGUGUCGAUCAGAGUCGCAUGCCUGAGGUGAUAACUCUGUCCAUCGGGGAUGGUGCCAACGAUGUGCCAAUGCUCAAAGUAAGUCAUUUAAAUAAGGAGAGGAAAGAGACACCUGACCUGCACGGAUGCAUUCCUACAUCUCUGUGUGUGUGUGUGUGUGUGUAUAUGUGAUUUGUUGGUUUCAGGAGGCGCACGUUGGCAUCGGCGUCUUCGGCAAAGAAGGUGAGGAGCCUGCCGACCCGACUCGACCUCCCAGUGGACGGACAAGCCUGGCUUGACACACACUAUCUUUGUGCCAUGCAUGCCUCUUGAGUGCAGGCAACCAGGCUGUGCAGAACAGCGACUACGCCAUUGCACAGUUCAGGUUCCUGGAGAGGCUCCUCUUCGUCCACGGACGGUAAGUAAAUGAAACAACGAAUGAAUGAGGCCCACAUGCACGGACACACACACACUGGUGUGCGCCUGCAGGUGGUCGUACGUUCGUUUGGCCAAGCUGAUAUCCUAUUUCUUUUACAAGAACAUCACGUAUACCGUGCCGCAGUUCCUUUUCGGAUUCUACUCGGGUCUGACAGUGCAGUGGACACGGACACAGACGGGGACACCUGUGCAGUGCACAAGUGUGUGUGUGUGGUUGGCUUGGCAUGCAGCCUAUUCUGCCAAGUCGUUUUACGACGACUGGUACAUCGCCACCUACAACUUCCUCUUCACCUCUCUGCCCGUCCUCGCCAUGGGCAUGUUCGGUCAGCAACACAACACCAUCACAUCACACAGCCGGCCAUGCAAUCCAUUCGUUGAUGUGAUGUGAUGUGAUGUGAUGUGUGUGUGCAGAGCAGGAUGUGAAUCCCGACAUGGGCGAGGAGAUCCGGCGAGAGUAUCCGAAGUUUUAUUCGGUUGGGCAGCGCAAUCUGCUCUUCAACCGUCACUGUAUACUGCUCUCGUGGACACAGGUACCGUACCACGCAGACAAACAACGACCGCAAUACGGCUGGCUGCUCACGGCCGCCAUGUGUGUGGUUUGGUUUGGUUUGCAGGGUUUUGCUCAUUCGUUUGUGUGUUUCUUCAUCGCCAUGUACGGCCUGGGCGACAUCGUACACUACAGGGGUCACACCGAAGGUGAGGUACACACAGGCAUACCAACAUAGAGAGAUAGCACAUGUUGAUGGAUGGAGGGAUGGAUGGGUGUGUGGGUGUGUUUGUGUGGAUUCUCAGACUUUUGGUACCACAGUUUGUUGACUUACAUGUCGUGCGUGUGCGUCGUCACCGUCAACGUUCUCAUACGAAUGAGGUGCAUGGGGUGGGAGGGAGGGGGAGAUGACCACAUACAUAUCAUCCAUCCACCUAAUUGACAAACGAGUAUGCCUGCCCGACCCGACGUGUGUCUCCCGGCAUAUAUCAGGCACUGGUCGUGGAUCUUCAUUCUCACAAUCGUUGGUACGCCUCACACACACACACGUGAUGUGUGUGUUCGCAUACCUUUGUGUUCAUUCACCGUCCUCGUGUGUGUGUGUGUGUGUGUGUGUGCAGCCUCCAUUUUGGUGUAUUUCUUUUGGAUGAUGGUGUACGACCUAAUCGACUUCAAUACCGCCUACCGACACGUACAUACCCACUUCGGAAUGUUGACACACACACAGACGCCCAAUCCACGACCUGCGUGUGCGUGUGCGUGUGUGUGUGUGUGUGUGUGUGCAGGCGACCGCUUUGGUGCAGCUGCCGUCCUUUUGGCUGAGCUUCCUCCUCAUCCUCGCCGUCACGUCCAUGUCCCACUUCGGUACGCACCGAUAUCUCACACACACACACAGACACUAACAGCUACACCUGUAUGUAUGUAUGGGUGUGUUUUCUGUUUGUAUGGGUGUGUUGUCUGUUUCAUGCAGGCUUCACUUCCUAUAUGCGGUGGUUCCACCCCACGGUCGUGGACGUGUACCAAGAGCUGCAGCACAAGGAGCGAAGAGAGCAAGCCAAAAAGGGUACGGUACGCAAGACGAGACAGCACAGCACAGCAACGAAGAUUUCCGUGCUCUCUCGACCGCUGUCCAUCAUUCAGAGGGCGAUGAGGAGCCGCCCACGAUGCUCGGCAACAUGGCCCCCUUCAAUCGUGGUCUGUCCGAGGUGACGGUCGACAACCCCAACGACACGACCCACACGUCAUCCCACACGCACCCGAGCCACCCAAGCCACCGUAUGCGGCCUCCCCCGCCCUUCAACGGCGACAGGUGCCGCACCGACAUGGACGGCAUGGGCGGGCCGGAGGACGACCUCAAUGAGGGAAACGUCAGGGUCAAACCCCUCUCGGAACUGCCUGUCGGUGGGGAGGGAAUCGGAGCUAUCUCGCCGGGACCAGGUCUGUCUGUCAGAGGCAAGACAAAGAAACACAGAGAGACGACCAGUUGAGUAUUCUCGAUGGAUGUGUGUGUGUGUGUGUGUAUGUUGUAUGGAUGUGUGGGUGCAGUAUGGCCCAGGAUUGGUGUGGGUGCCGAGAGUUCACGGGGGAGGGAAAGGGACGACGGCGGCCUGGGACUCACAUGAGCACGCCAUGGGCGUGGCGUCUCCGCUGUGUAAUUCAUUCUUUUCUUUCUUUGCUGACUGACUGAUGCUGUCUGUUUUCUUCUGCUUCACUUGCUCCAUGUCGAUCUCUCUGACGCCGGCAGCAGCUGACUUGCUACGCAGCUGACUGUUUGGCGGACCAUAGAUGGAUGCACACAUAGUGGAGACGCUGCCUGCCUGUCUGUGUGGCUGACUGAGGCCCUAGCCACCUCAUCCAUCCAUCCAUCCAGGUCAGGCAGCCGGCCACGUGAGCUGAGGGACAUCUUGUUUUGGUGCGGGCUGGGUUGUUCCCUCCUUGACUUACUUACCUAGGCAGGCAGGCAGGCAGGAAUGCAAUGCUGCAUGAAUGCAUGACCGCAUGGCAUGAAUGUGCUACUCCUUCCAUCCAUCCAUCCAUCUGAGUCGCUCGCUCGCUGUAAUUGUCGAUGAAUGAAUGAACGAAGAUGUCUGUCUGACUCGUCCCUCCCUAACGCUGUGGAUCGAGGUGAUUGACUGAAUGUAUGAGGGAUGGAUGGUGUUCAUCAUCCAAUGAAUAUAUAAAGUGUCCG